ACCAUUUCUGAUAGAAACUAAACAAAUUAGGUUUUAUGAGAGAUCUUUUGAUUAAGUCAUUCUUCUUGACGUUUCUAAACUCUGUCAAGGUUUUUUUUUUCUUUCUUUUUUGGGAUGGUGGAAACUAAACAUAUGUUCCCUCUUAGGAUAAACCACAAAUAAAGCAGUUCAAAUGAUGGCAGAACACGGAAAACCUUGUGAACCUCAGGAAGCUACAUUUUGCAUGAAUGAAGCGUCAUGUCAUAAAUUACCAGCUAUGGAGACACUCUCCUGCAUCUGCAGAGAAAAUUACAAAGGAAUCAGAUGUGAGGAGUACCACCUCCCUAGUUCUUCUCAGGAUGGAUACGAUGGAGGAUUAUUAGCUGCCAUCAUCGUUGUAGCAAUCAUCGGCUUGGUGGUGCUGGCUGUUAUCAUUUACCAUGUUCAAAAGAUGGUAAAAGGGAAGGAAAAACUAAACCAAAAGAACGAUGCCGAUCAGAUGAGGAAGUUACAAGUAUGAGCUCUACUGCCUACAUGUACAUGUUUGUGCAUGUGUAUGUAAUGUAAAAAUAUAUUAUUUAAUUUUGUUGCAGUCAAUACAGUAAUUUAGAGCAAGAUUCUGCGUAUUUUAAUGUGAUGAAAACAUAUACGAGGUUUGGAAUAAGAAUUAGAGGUUGGGAAAUGAAGAACUUGUUACAUGUUAGUAUAUCUGUUUAAAUGUGCGUUUAAAUGUGCAAUUAAGACAACCAAAUCCUAAGUUGUGAAAUAUCUGUUUUAAAAAACCCAUUGUAAAUGGAUGUUUUUUUUUUUUAAAGUGGCUUAAUUGAAAAAAAAAUGUAAAUAUUUAAUUACAUGCAGAUUUUUACUUUAGAGACAUUUUAUUCAUACAACUCUGUUUCUGUCACACAAACCAACCUUUUACAGUCUUUUGCUGAAUGCAAUCAAUCUCUAUUGAAAGUUUUGUCUGUUAUUAAGCCUUAAUGUGUUUUUGGUGUAAACCAUAGUUGCCUCUGGAUGCAUCUCGACUGGACAUAGUGAUCUCACUUCCCAGAAAGCUCUUUGUAAUUUCACCCGCGGCUUUCCCAAAGCUGGAAAUGCGAGAACAAAUGCAGAAAAAGGAAAAAAGAAAUAAAUAUAGAUUGUGGACAGAUAA